CGCCACACUCCACUAACAGUGGUUUAUCAAGACUGCUCAUUAUUUUAUGACACCGACUCGUCCGUCACCUGAUUCAUCUGAACAAACUGUUUGGAUUCAUGACGAUCCGUUAAGUGGGAAGACGUAAACUAAUAUUGACCCCCACAAGACCGAGAUUAACAGAACCUGCAGUACUUGGUUUUCACCGGGGCAUAUACUUGUUCCUUGGGAGGUGUUUGACUCUGACAUUUGCCUUGUGUGGCUCAGCUUUGGUCUGAUUUUGUUUGUGCUUUGGCUGGGGUGAAGAACGCCGAUGGCUCUCAUGGAUAAGCAUAAAGUCAAGCGACAGAGGCUUGACCGCAUUUGUGAAGGCAUUCGCCCCCCGAUUUUGAAUGGGCCGAUGCACCCGCGCCCCCUAGUGGCACUGUUGGAUGGUCGCGACUGCACCGUGGAGAUGCCUGUCCUGAAGGACGUGGCCACGGUGGCCUUCUGUGAUGCCCAGUCCACCCAGGAGAUCCACGAGAAGGUGCUGAAUGAAGCAGUGGGCGCCCUGAUGUACCACACCAUCACUCUCUCGCGGGACGACCUCGACAAGUUCAAGGGCCUGCGGAUCAUCGUGCGAAUAGGCAGUGGCUUUGACAAUGUGGACAUCAAGGCCGCGGCUGAACUAGGUAUAGCUGUGUGUAAUGUGCCUGCCACGUCAGUGGAGGAGACAGCGGACACCUCCAUGUGUCUGAUCCUGAACUGUGUUCUCACCUGGAUGCACCAGGCUAUGAGAGAGGGCACCAGGGCUUCCAGCGUUGAGCAGAUCAGGGAGGUGGCCAGCGGCGCUGCCCGCAUCCGGGGAGAGACGCUGGGCAUCAUUGGCCUGGGGCGAGUGGGCCAGGCUGUAGCGCUGCGGGCCAAGGCCUUUGGCUUCAGUGUGAUAUUCUACGACCCCUACCUGCCAGACGGAGUGGAACGCUCUCUGGGCCUGCAGAGAAUGGCCACCCUGCAGGACCUUCUCAUCCACUCUGAUUGUGUGUCACUGCACUGCAGCCUCAACGAGCACAACCAUCACCUCAUCAACGACUUCACCAUUAAACAGAUGCGCCAGGGGGCGUUUUUGGUGAACACGGCGCGAGGGGGCCUGGUGGAUGAGAAGGCCCUGGCCCAGGCACUGAAAGAGGGAAGGAUACGGGGUGCAGCCUUGGACGUACAUGAGACGGAGCCCUUCAGCUUCUCUCAGGGCCCACUGAAGGACGCUCCCAAUCUGAUUUGCACCCCCCACACAUCCUGGUACAGUGAGCAGGCGUCCCUUGAGGCUCGGGAGGAGGCAGCUAGAGAAGUGCGCCGGGCCAUCACAGGCCGCAUCCCUGACAGUCUGAAGAACUGUGUCAACAAGGAGUAUCUGAUGGCAACACCCCAGUGGCCUGGUGUGGACCAUGGGGCCGUGCACUCAGAACAGAACGGAGCUGCAGCUUACAGGUUCCCUACUGGCCUAGUGGGAGUCACAGCAGGAGGCCUGACAGGGGCAGGUGCUGCAGUGGAGGGAAUUGUUGCAGGAAACCUGGCUAUGGCACAUGGGAUUGCCCCCAUGUCCCGACCCCCCCACACCCCAUCGCCGGGGCAACCCUCUAAAGCAGAAACAGACAGAGACAUGCCAACGGACCAGUAGCCCCCCACCCCACCCCCAACUGUCCCCAAUCCCCCUCUUGUCCACAACAUUCCGUCGUCACCCUUCAUGUUCAUUCAAGCUUAUAGACAGACACUGGUAUUGAGGUCCAUUCUGACCUGGCUUUGGUCCCGUCCUGCAGAACAGAGUCCUUCAGGAGGGACAGAAUCCUCGACUCCCUCCACACAUCCUGUUUUCUCUCAUCCAGAAUGCAAUAAGUGGAUUACUCAAGGAUUUUAUUUUUCUUCCAGUUUGCUUUUAAACCCCUCUGUGACUGACGUUCAUGUGGCUCAGUGGUUUUGUAAAUUAGUCCUUUGUGGGAGACCUGUUCCAAUAUUUUUCCUGUGUUAUUUGCUUUUGUUAUCUCUUUUGCUGAUUGACAUGCUAUAAAGUGAGGCAUAAGUCUGGAACGGUAUUGAAGAUGACCCCCCCCACUACUAUUUGUUCACAAACCUUACAAAGGAUUUUCUAAUGUCGGACUCUACAUUUAGUCAUCACAAUAAAAGUGUGGCUGUGAUUUUUUUAUUUUAUAGCUUUAUGACAUAAAUUCAAUAAUAUCACAUUAUAUGCCUCUGCUGAUAAAACACAGAAAUAUGUACAGUAUAUUUCUGUGUCAAGACCACCACAUUCAGUCGUGGCCAAAAGUUUUGAGAAUGACACAUUCAUUUUCAAAGUUUGCUGCUUCAGUGUCUUCAGAUAUUUUUUGUCACUGUUACUAUGGAAUACUGAAGUAUAAUUACAAGCAUUUCAACAGUGUCAAAGGCUUUUAUUGACAAUUACAUGAAGUUGAUGCAAAGAGUCAAUAUUUGCAGUGUUGACCCUUCUUUUUCAAGACCUCUGCAAUCUGCCCUGGCAUUCUGUCAAUUAACUUCAGGGCACAGGCAUUGUUCGUCACCAAACUGUUCCUGGAUGGUUGGGAGAAGUUGCUCUUGGAGGAUGUGUUGGUACCAUUCUUUAUUCAUGGCUGUGUUCUUAGGCAAAAUUGUGAGUGAGUCUACUCCCUUGGCUGAGAAGCAACCCAACACAUGAAUGGUCUCAGGAUGCUUUACUGUUGGCAUUAUACAGGACUGAUGGUGGCGCUCACCUUGUCUUCUCCAGACAAGCUUUUUUCCAGAUGCCCCAAACAAUCGGAAAGGGGAUUCAUCAGAGAAAAUGACUUUACCCCAGUCCUCAGCAGUCCAAUCCCUGUACCUUUUGCAGAAUAUCAGUCUGUCCCUGAUGUUUUUCCUGGAGAGAAGUGGCUUCUUUGCUGCCCUUCUUGACACCAGGCCAUCCCCCAAAAGUCUUCGCCUCACUGUGCGUGCAGAUGCACUCACACCUGCCUGCUGCAGUUCCUGAGCAAGCUCUGUACUGGUGGUGCCCCGAUCCCGCAGCUGAAUCAACUUUAGGAGACGGUCCUGGCGCUUGAACUUUCUUGGGUGCCCUGAAGCUUUCUUCACAACAAUUGAACCGCUCUCCUUGAAGUUCUUGAUGAUCCGAUAACUGGUUGAUUUAGGUGCAAUCUUACUGGCAGCAAUAUCCUUGUCUGUGAAGCCCUUUUUUGUGCAAAGCAAUGAUGGCGGCACGUGUUUCCUUGCAGGUAACCAUGAUUUACAGAGGAAGAACAAGGAUUCCAAGCACCACCCUCCUUUUUAAGCUUCCAGUCUUGUUAUUCGAACUCAAUCAGCAUGACAGAGUGAACACCAGCCUUGUCCUCGGCAAAACUCACACCUAUGUUAACGAGGUAAUCACUGACAUGUCAGCUGGUCCUUUUGUGGCAGGGCUGAAAUGCAGUGGAAAUGUUUUUUGGGAUGAUUCAGUUAAUUUGCAUGGCAAAGAGGGACUUUGCGAUUAAUUACAAUUCAUCUGAUCACUCUGGAGUAUAUGCAAAUUGCCAUCAUACAAACUGAGGCAGCAUACUUUGUGAAAAUUUAUAUUUGUGUCAUUCUCAACUUUUGGCCACGACUGUAUACUAGUUGUUUGCUCUUAUAACCGUUUUUCUUCUUGAUUUAAAUGUGUAGAUGUUCUGCACAUUGUGGUUGCUAAGACUAGCGUGACGACGGUCUUCAUACCUUCCUAUUUCUUUUUUUAUGUUACCUUUUUGAUAUGAAUAGAACAUGAAAACAAUAUCCUUGUCAAGUCCUCAAAUUAUCUAUAAUCUUUAGGUACUCCGGUAUCACAAUUGUUCUCCCCCCCCAACAGUGUUUGCUGCCAUUGACACUCAUUUUAGGGUUUCAUCUUGUGUUAUUACUGCAGGCGUUAAGUUCUUUUACCCAUAUGGAUUCCACAGUUGCUGUCGAUCUCAAAUAGACUAGAGUAAUCAGUCUUCAAGAAAUUUUCUCUGUCACUCUUAAAGGGAAAUUUCUAAAAUGUUCAACUUCAUAUUCACAUCUCCAGGGUUGGGGAGUAACAGAUUACAUGUUCUUUUGUUGUUUUAAUCACUUACAUGUAAACUGUAAUCCAUUACUAGGGAAAAUAUUCGAAUCAGAUUAGAUACUUUUGAAGAACUAGAUGACCUCGAGGAUUACUUUUAAAUUUAGAAAGUUAUGUUUGUGAUUUUUUUUUUUUUUUUUUGGGGGGGGCAGUUCUGUUGUCUCAAUGACAUUCAAAUCAGCAUUGAAAAAAAGGUACACAUUUAAGUUUGUUCCACCUGAGCAAGUCUGACCUCAAGUCAGCGACCACUAUCACGGGUAACGAGCAGGAAUAGACUGUUUUUAGGCCAAGCAAUGUCUUCCAAUGGCGCGACUGCUGUCGGAAUCCAAAGAUUAUCCAAUUUGAGUAAACGCAAUCAUUGUUUUUGAAACCAGUGGACAGCCAGUGAAAAAUGCUCACAUGCAUAGUGCCGAUCCCAGCCUAUGGAAUAAAAGUGGGUAUUUUAUAGCGCCAUCUAAUUCAUGCUGAUAAAAAAUUCAUAGGCCUAAUGGACACAUGCUCAAACUCGCACACAUUUGAUAGACUUAAAGGGAGUUGUAGUUGAUGUAGUUACUACAUCAGUUAUUUUACUAAUACAUUUUAUUUUAUAUAUAUAUAUAUAUAUAUAUAUAUAUAUCCAUUGAUUAUUGAAGAAUAUAACUUAUAAAUGCCUCAUGGGCUUAGUUCAAAUGUCACACCUCAUGAGAAUCCAAAAUAUAAGGUUGUCUUUCUCCAAUGUUUGUAAACAUUCUAAAUGUAAACAAACACUGUAUAGCCUCAUAACAUGGUUAAAACAAGUUUGAUAUCAUGGAUGGUCAGUCCUUGCAUCCAUAGCUCUGUCUAUUAAUCUGAGACUGGUUACAAUUCUCAAGGCCCGUCCCUCAGCUUUUUACCAAAACAGAGACUGUGUGGCCGUUUUGUUGUUUCAUAUGGAUUUGCCCUUUAAACAGCUGCAUAUUGUCAAGAUACCAAAAUGUCACCAACAAAAAGGUAAACAAUAGGCCUAUAGCAAAUGCAGCAUAUUGCAUUUAUUUCUCACACGUAAAUAGCACUUUUCAGUAGUGCUGAAAGCAUGCCAUUCCAUGAGCGCAGCAUUUAUUUUUCAACUCGAAUCAAUGAGCCCAAUCAGUCCUCCAUGACAACAAAAUCAUAAACAAGAGAGUAGGGCUGGCUAAUAAGUCCUAUUCUUGAAGAUCAAGGGGUAUAACAUUUAUUGGAAUGACUGGAAUUCUAAUAGACUUUGGUUUUUAAUGUAAAGAUAUAAUUUAAUCGUAUUAUAUGUAGUAGAAAGCGAUGGGUUAGAAUAAGCCUACAUAACCAACCCAUAAAGUAAAAUGUAACAUCCAUAUAUGGCCAGCUAUGUAAACUUUAACAUUGAUUUAUCCUGCAAUAGAUUUAGUUUAAUUGGUAACAUACAUUUGUGUCGUCUUCUGAUGACUCUUAAGGAAAACAUGAAAAUAAUAUCUUUGUCAAGUCCUCAAAUGAGCUAUCCUCUUUAGGUAAUCCUAAGGGAAAGUCAUCUAAAAGUAACUGAAUGUAAUCAGAUUAGGUAAUCCAGAAUUUCGUUACUGAUGACGAUUUUGGACAGGUAACUAACGGAUCACAUUUAGAAAGUAACCUAAUCAUCUCCAAACCCACCAACAUAAGUGAAAAUUGUGCUUUUUUUAAUGAUCUGUAGUAACAAACACCAGAUGUGAUUCCAAUGACCGCAUUGGUGUCCAUUGUGUGAUGUUUAAAUAAUUAUGAUUAGCAUGAUCUACUCAUUUAUUUAACCAGGCAAGUCAUUUGAGAACAAAUUCUUAUUUACAAAGACAGCCUAGGAACAGCAGGUUAACUGCCUUGUUCAGGAGCAGAACCACAGAUUUUUACCUUGUCAGCUUGGGGAUUCCAUCCAACAACCUUUCGGGUACUGGCCCAACACUCUAAGCACUAGGCUACCUGCCACCGCUAAUUGGUUUAUUAUGUUAUAGGAAACACUUAUUUAAUUUUUUAAUUAUUAUUGUUUUAACUACAAACAUAGAAAAGUGCCAUUUUCACAUAUGUUGAUGUUGGCAGUGGUGCUGAAGAUGAUGAAUAUGAAGUUGAACAUUUUAAAUGGAACUUUAAAACACAUUUCAUCCUAGCAAAACGAGGUCACAACCAUAGAAAUAUUAUUAAGAUGGUAGGAGCCCAGUUGAUGUUGGUUCAGUGCAAGGCCCAGACCACAUGUGGAACACUAUUCUGGUUGUUUUCAGCUUUUGAGUGUGAACCUGGUGCUUGCUGCUGUGUGGUGAUGUGUGUUUGCAUCUGUGACUUGGUCACAUGGGUGUUCACAACCACAUUCAGAACAUUUGAAGACCGGAGGACAGUGGUUCAUUACUAGUAUAUUAAUUAGAAAACUGAUUGAUUAGAUGUGGCUUAAUUUCUUCAUCUGACAGAAUUGAUCCUUGGCAGUGAAUCCCUGGCAGGGAUGUCCAAUCUGUUUCCUGACUGUCAAGGUAAGUAUAAGAACCGAGGAAGUGGAAAAAUCGAGUACACUUUUGGUUGUGUAUUUAGCAUAGCAGUGUGAUGUGGAUAAGGAAGUCCCUAUGUUGUAUAAAGUCAGAGAUUAAAAUAUGCUAGUGGCAAAGCCUUACCACCCCCAACAGUCAUUGAAAAUCAAGGGAGUUUAUAGAUAUAACACUGAGCCAGGCACAGCUUUAGAGUUGUGCGUGUUACUGGAGAGGGGAUAUGUGUGAGGAGAGUAGGCUAUUCAAACACAGGCAAUUCUGCCUAAGGUGGGCAGCCUCCUAUAAUUCCUACUUGUAAUCGGGUCAUUUACAACCGGAAAAGCAUUGGAACGGAGUUCUGCCAUCUUUGGGCACAAUGGCUACAGAAUUUCACAUCAACCCCUGCUCGUUAUGGUACACUCUGGCCAAGUAUAGGGAAAUAUCUUCGUUGAUCUCAAUGCUUUGUGGUGUUUAAGUUGUUGUCUGGUGGUAUGUCUUGCUCCUUGUGGGAAUUAAUUAGUAAUUAGAAUCCAAAACAUUUUAUAGAGAUGAGAAUGUUACUUGCUUUGAUGGAACAAUAACAAAAUAAAUAGUUGUCCUUGCCUGUUUCAUCAAUCAAGUUUUAUCAUUGAUUUACUUGUCUUAUUGAGAGAGCUAUCAAAUCUUUAGAAAUGGAAUCAAUGUGGAUCAAAUGUGAUGUGCUCUAUGCCUGGAUAAUUUACAUUACAACGUACACAAAUGUCAUUGUGUGCAUUAGGUUAUUUUAUUUCAUGUUUAGAUGUCAUCUCCAUCAGACUGCAAAAUGAGGAAAAACCCAAUACAUUUGUAACUAGGAUUUAUUCUGAACUUUUUAAAUAGAAACACGUAUUUGUGAUGUUAGCUUCUACAAUAAAGUAUUUUAAUAAAAAAAAUCCUGUUCCUCCGAAAUGUUACAGGCAUGGCAAUGCA